AAGUCUAAACAAAAAAUGGAUAUUGUGAAAAAUAUGAACAAAACGAAACCUACAGACUCCACAAAAAAGAAGAAGAAGAAUAAGAAGACCCAUAGGCACGGACCAAAACAGACUGGGUUGGAGAGGAGGAUUACGAGCGGAGUGAGAAGUUGGAAAAGAAGAAGAAGAAGAAGAAGAAGAAGAACGAAACCUACAGCAGGGGGAAGGCUGACAGACCCGAAGGAGGCGGACUGUGGAACAAAACUGCGCGACAAUCUCCAUUUUAUUUCAGGAGCUCAUCCAUCCUAUACCAGGACUUUACUUUGGACCUUAACACGGAGCAACGAGAAGCAUGGGUCUGCUGACGGCGGCAGCCAUUGCUGCAGUCGGCGCAGGUGGCGCGGUUGUCGCUGCACCGGUAGUUCUGGGAGCCAUCGGCUUCACCUCCACCGGAGUGGCGGUGGGAUCCUACGCUGCCAGCAUGAUGUCUGCAGCAGCCAUCGCGAACGGAGGAGGGGUGGCAGCAGGAGGUCUGGUGGCUGUUUUACAAUCUGCGGGUGCUGCUGGUAUCUCAGCGACCACCUCUGCAGUUGUGGCUGGUGUUGGAGGUGCUGUUGGAGCCGCUGUAGGGAGAAUAUUCAGAUGAAAGGAGAAGAAAAAUAGUGAAAAAAAGUGUCAUUAACUGGUAUGACAUGAACUGUUUUGUUCAACAAAGUUGUCUUAGUAUUGUCUGUUCUUUAUUAAUUUACUGGUUGGAUAAACUAAGAUCAUCAUCGGUUAAUUGAUGUUGAAGCUACAGUUAAAAAAUAACAGCACAAACUAGCUACUUUUAAUUAUUUUGCAUUACAUUUCGGCUUCUCCCUAGACACUAAAUUGGUUGUAUGUUUACUGGCCUUGUGAAUUUAUUUUAUCUUGAAGUGAGGCAAAAAGUCCAAAAUAUAAAACACCUUGUUUUAUGGUCACUAAUAUGUUGUGCAAUGAACACAUAAUUGUCGUACAUUUACAAGUCUCUGGUUUUCAUUGAGUACUUGACAAAGGAUAAAUUGUUUUAGUUCAUUAACUCUGUUUCAGUGUUUUUAAACAUAUUUGCACUUGCACUUUGUUGAGCUUUCAAUAAAGGUCUUAAUGUGUGUAAUCAAA